UAACUCGUCGUAUGUUGGCUAAAGCGUUUCAUUGUCUUCGCCAGUUCGCCUGUUAUCUCAAAAGCGGCCUUGUGCUACUGUGUUGGAGAAUGACAAGUCGUGAGAAGCAUCUGGUGGUGAUGUGCUAGGAGGAACAUUACAUGGAAACAAGUCAAUGUUCUCGUGAAGCUUGUGUUUAUAUUUUGUAGCGUCGUAGUUACGUGAGAUGACAACUCAGAAACGAUGUCAUAUUCGCUACAGCUGUGUGUGUUACGGACAAGUAAUUUUAGUUUCUCACCAGGUUGAAUGCGAGGACUAUAGGCCUAUAAUACACUCCGUAUUAGAAUCGCUGUGUGAUGCGGGAUCUGAUAAACUGACGUACCCCGUAGACAGCUUUCAAGUUCAUGUUUUGAUCGAUGAAGAUUUUUGUUUCGCCUGUGUUACCAAGAGAACGAAUGAACACUACAUUCCUUUCAAAUUCCUGGAUACAGUGAAGGACAGAUUUUCUGGAAUAUCUAGCCUCAUUUCCAGAUCAUUAAGGGCAAAUGAAAAUGAAUUUGAACGUGAUUUUGCUCCCGUACUUGCAUCUGUGAUGUAUGAUUUCAACAUAGGACAGGGAGACAAGUUACAGGAACUGCAGUCUCAAGUGGAGGAUGUAAAACAAGUAAUGCUUGAAAAUGUGCAGAAAGUCUUAGACCGUGGAGAGAGGCUGGAUGACCUGCUCAGCAAAACUGAAGAUCUGGAAGCUGGGGGCAACACAUUUCGUCAGAGGACAUUGCAACUGUACAAAAAAGCGAGAUGUAGAAAUUUGAAGAUGUGGAUAAUAAUUGGCAGUUUUCUUAGUGUGGUACUGACAUUGGCCGUGCUUAUAUCCCUAGGAAUCUUGCAUUUAUGAUUCACUGAGAUGAAAGACAAUUGGAAGACAUUGUUUCUGACUGCAAGAGAAGGCUGUGGUGCACAUUGUUUAUAUAGUGAUCAACAUAAACCAAAGAAUUUGACAAAAUGUAAAUAUGUUAUAUGUGAAGUACUUGUGUAAGUCUGUUGCUUUUGUACAAGGAUGUUGAAGCUUUAAUGAUUAAAUUCUUCUAAAUAUUCCCUUAUUUCACAAUAAGAUCAGAUAUUAAGGGCUAAUGCCAUAAAUUCAUUUCAGAAACAGGCGCAGCUUCAUAAUGAAUAAUCUACUUUAUGACAGUGUGUACACUGUUAUGAAACAUUGUAUUGUAUUGGCUGUUUUUAGUUGUAAUGUGAGCUGGACAGUUCACUUGGUAAGAGCACUGCAAGCCAGGUUCUAGUCCUGUUCCAUGAAACAGUUUGAAUCUGCCAGAAAUGUAGCUUUUUUUGUGCAUUUUUAGGCUUUUCAUAAUGUAUGUGCAGAAUAUUACAGUGUGACUGAGCUUUGUUUACUGUCCAAUAGUGUUGUCAUUGGGGCAUUCAUUACACAGCACUAAAGUAUAUCAUACCAUUGUAUUCUUGAAUAUUCAGAUAUCCUCCAACUGGCAUUUACUUGAAGCAUUGGCACCAGUUGAUAUUGCUGGUGAUUGAAGACUGUGUGUUACUUUUGAUCCUUAAACCCCAUCUUAAAUUCUUGCUUGAUGUAUGAUUUUAAUUUAUUUUGUUUGAUUUCACCUAUAUAAUCAACUCACACAGUGUUUGUUCUCUAUCUGUGAAGUGAAGUGUCUAUAAUUUUGCUAACACUUUGAUGUUUUUAUGACAUGUGCUUUAUCUUGGUUUUAAUUGCUCAGUGAUAAUAUGAGCAUCACUGCCACAUUAGUAUUUUUCUCUGUUCUGUGCAUGUUACUCCUUUCUAAACAGAUUGCAUUUUCCCUGCAUUUCUACUCAUAAGUUUAUUUCCUUCAGGUUCCUCCUCCUCCUCCUCCUC